UCAUUACUGCACAUCAAAACUCUCAGAAGAUUUUCUAAUUAGUUCACUGUCUGAGAGAGAGAGGGAAAUAGAGAGAUUGUACAUGUCUUUGGCAGUGAUGGGUAGUGAGGUGGUGGAAGUGAACAUGAUCGGUCCGGUGACAACAAAGAGGCCGGAAGAGGCAGAAACUCCGGCCAUCUCAGCCCCACCACUUCAACUUCAUUGCCCUUCAAUGUCUCGGUCUCCACUUUUGGAUUUAGCCUCUAAGACCCCUAAAAGCCCAUUUGCUUCGCGUUUUAUGAGUACUCCAAUAGCCAGCCCCAUGAAAAAAGCCAUUAUAAGCAUGCACGGCUACUUGGAGGACGUUGGCCACUUUACCAAGCUUGAUCCACAGGAUGCUUGGCUUCCCAUCACAGAGUCGAGGAACGGUAACGCUUACUAUUGUGCAUUUCAUACGCUGUGUUCGGGCAUCGGGAUUCAAGCCCUUGUUCUUCCCCUAGCUUUCACUUCCCUCGGCUGGACAUGGGGAAUUCUGUGUCUUUCUCUGGCUUUUGUCUGGCAGAUGUACACUCUGUGGUUACUAAUUCAGUUGCAUGAAUCGGAAUCUGGGACACGUUAUAGUAGAUAUCUCCGCCUUUCCAUGGUAGCUUUUGGUGAGAAGCUGGGAAAACUGCUUGCACUGUUUCCAACCAUGUAUCUAUCAGGUGGGACAUGUGUGACCCUAAUCAUGAUAGGAGGUGGGACCAUGAAAGUCCUAUUCCAGAUCAUUUGUGGGGCCACAUGCAACGUCAAUCCAUUAACGACAAUGGAGUGGUACGUAGUUUUCACUUGUUGCGCUACUGUUCUGGCUCAGCUUCCUAACCUGAAUUCUAUCGCCGGAGUUUCCUUGAUCGGAGCCAUCACUGCCAUAAGCUAUAGCAUGCUGAUGUGGAUUGUCUCUAUAAGCAAAAGUAGACCCAUGGGCAUCUCGUAUGACCCAGUUCCCCAUGCAAAAUCUCAUGCAGAAAGGGUUUUCGACAUUUUCAAUGCACUUGGGAUAAUAGCAUUCGCUUUCAGAGGCCAUAAUCUCGUCCUUGAAAUACAGGGGACAUUGCCUUCGAGCGCAAAGCGCCCAUCGAGAGUACCAAUGUGGAAAGGAGUGAAGUUUGCAUAUCUAAUUAUUGCAAUGUGUUUGUUUCCCAUUGCAAUUGGAGGCUAUUGGGCUUAUGGGAAUUUGAUACCUAAUGGAGGGAUGCUCAAUGCUUUGUCCAAAUAUCACGCGGAAGACACAUCAAAAUGGCUCCUAGGAUUAAUGAGCUUGCUCGUGGUGGGCAACUGUCUGAGCUCAUUUCAAAUAUAUGCAAUGCCAGUGUUUGACAAUCUGGAGUUGAGAUACACCAGCAAAGUGAACAAACCCUGUCCAUGGUGGUUGCGAGUGGGGUUCCGAGCCGCCUUUGGUUGCCUUGCGUUUUUCAUAGCAGUAGCACUGCCAUUCUUGCCAAGCUUGGCAGGAUUGAUUGGAGGGAUAGCGCUACCCAUCACCUUGGCAUAUCCAUGCUUCAUGUGGAUACUGAUCAAGAAACCACAAAAAUACAGUGGGAUUUGGUACCUCAAUUGGGGGUUGGGAGCCUUGGGAAUGAUUCUCAGCGUCUUGGUUGUCACUGGAGCAAUUUGGGUUAUAGUGACCAGAGGAAUAGAGAUCCACUUUUUCAAGCCCCAAUGAAUGGUAAUAAGAAGAAAGCAUCAGAAAUCUUUCUCAAGUCA